AUCCAUGUUUGAUGGCACCCGCAUUCGCUGCGUCCGGCUCCUUCUCGGCGCAUGAGUGCGCACGCCAUGACGGCGACCUGCACCGGUAGCAACGGGAGCAACGUUGGACCGCUCUCCGGUUACCUGGUGCAGCGGCCUGGCGGCGCUCUGGCUCGUCUGAAAGGCAGACGGAAGCGCUGGUAUGUCUUCGACCAGCACAGCUGCUCUUUGGAUUCCUACAAGAACGACUUGGAUGCUGCAUCAAGAAAGCCUCCUUUAUUCAGCAUCGACCUUCGUAAUGCUGCUAUUUCCUUCCUAGUGGAUGAGGAAAACUGCUUUGUCAUUCACUCUGGAGCCAAGGAGUAUGUCUUUGUGGCUGGAAACCAUGAGUCAAUGAUGGCAUGGGUCAUGGCUCUACAGGCCAACAGAGACCUGUGCCGGGAGCAAGAGCCAAUUAAUUCUGUGCAAGUGGAGGAAGAUGACGUUGUGAAGAGAAAAAUAUCUCUACCGGUAAACAAAACUUGGUGCUCUGUACGAAGGCGUGCAUUGUGAGAAAAAAAUUGGCAAACAGAUGCUUCCAUGCUUUCUAAAAGCUUCGUGUUUAGGUCACUGUUUGCCAUUGUUAGAGCUUAUUUUCAUAUGGUACUGUGGCUGUA